UCGGCCGUUCCUACCUACGACGUUCAUUCGUGCAUCCGACCUGGCACGUUGACAGCGUCUCGCGGUACAUCAGUCAGUCGGCGCCCUGAUACCGAGUCGACGAGUAUUUGCAAAACCGAGUUGUGCAAGUGUUUAUAAACUCCCCGAUCGUUCUCUGUUCAAUCGUACCAGAAAAGCAGGAACAAUUGGUAAAGAUGUGCGAGUUAAAUAAUUUGGACGAAUACUACAGAAUCGCUGAAGAGUUGGUUUUGUAUGCAGGAAAGAUAAUAGAAGACGGUAUCAGUUGUAGAAAAAAUGUCAAAAGUAAGGGGAUUGACUGGGAUCUUGUCACGGAAUACGACCGCAAGAUAGAAGAUAAAUUAAUAAAACAAUUGUCCAUACAGUUUCCAUCGCACAAAUUUAUCGGAGAAGAAACGGCAGCGAAGGAAGGCUGCCUACCGCAACUGACCAAUGAUCCUACGUGGAUAAUAGACCCGAUAGACGGUACCACCAACUUUGUACACCGGUUUCCACACACGUGCAUCUCUUUAGCGUUAUUAGUGAACAAAAAAGCAGAAAUCGGAAUAAUAUACAAUCCCCUUAUGAGGCAAUUCUUCUCGGCGAGAAGACACUGCGGUGCCUUCCUUAAUGGAAAGCCCAUAAAAACCUCUCACACGAAAGACAUAUCUCAAUCAUUAGUGGCCAUGGAACCGUGGCUCGCAAAAGAUCCUCAGCAUUUGACCAGCGUGUACAGCAGAAUGCACGCUUUAAUACAAGGCACUCAUGGAAUAAGAUCGCUAGGAACAGCAGCGCUCACAUUGUGUUACGUAGCAAUGGGAGCUGUGGAGGCAUAUCAUAUUGAAGGUAUAGAUGCUUGGGAUGUUGCAGCAGGAAAACUAAUAAUCGAAGAAGCAGGUGGAGUUGUGAUAGACACCACUGGAGGAGAACUGGAUCUAAUGACCCCGAGGGUUAUAGCGGCAUGCAAUCAGCAAAUUGCACAACAACUUGUGGAUCUUAUUAAGAAAGCUGAUUCCGAGAUACUUAACAAAAACUUGCAUUAAUUAUUGGCAUAUGAGUGUACAUUGCAUAUCAUGUUAUAACAACACAUAUAUACAUGCUAUAUGCAAACUUAAAAACACAGUAUUAUACUAAAUGUGGUUUAAAGCUGUAUUAAAUUUACAAGAUUUAGAAGAUUGUAUCUCAGGACUGAUAUAUUAUGUACUUCCUUCUUGCACUGAUAGUUACUGUACAUUUCAAUAGUUAUAUUAGAAUUAAAAUAAAUAAUAAAUGUUCUUAAUACUGAUAAUAAAUAAAUAUCAAAUUUA